AUGGACGUAGCUGGCUCAAUAGCACUAGUGAAGGUAGUGCAAGCAGUUUUGUUGGUCGUUGCGGCGCUCGGCCUUACUGCGUACAAGUGGCCGGACAACGCAGUUGUGACAGAUGAUGCGGUAUACGACUAUAUCGUGGUAGGCGCUGGUAGCGCAGGCAGCAUCGUCGCUAACCGCCUCACCGAGAAUCCAAAUGUACACGUGUUACUAGUAGAAGCAGGUGGAGAUCCACCAAUAGAAACUGCAAUUCCAGCUAUGUUCGCGUUUUUACCCAAAUCCACCAUAGAUUGGAACUUCGUUUCAGAGAACGAUGGUUAUUCAGCACAGUACCAUAGAAAUGGCUAUCUUAAUUUACCAUCGGGCAAAGUGCUUGGAGGGAGCAGUUCCAUUCACCAUUAUUAUUAUAUUAGAGGACAUGCCAAUGACUAUGAAUCAUGGGCCAACGCAACAGGUGAAGAUUCCUGGUCUUGGAACAAUCUUCUACCUUAUUUUAAAAAGAGCGAAAACCUAGUAGAUGAAGAAAUACUCAAUUCUAGCACUGGUCAGUAUCACGGUACAAAUGGGUAUACAGUUAUAACGAGGGAGCUCCGAGAAAUGCCGCUUAAAUAUCUUGAAGCUUUCCGGGAGGUCGGUAGUAAAGUUGUUGACGAUAUCAAUACUGGCAACACCUUAGGAUAUACGAGGCCCAUGGUAUUUAUUGGAAAUGGAAUUCGGCAGAGUAGUGCGGAAUCGUUUCUCUCGCCAAUAAAGAAUCGAUCUAACUUGCAUUUAUUAAAAGAAACAACCAUAGAUAAAAUUUUAUUUGAUGACAAAAAAAAUGCUGUGGGCGUCCAAGCUUCCAGAAAUGGUGAAAUUCUCAAUAUUUACGCUCGAGAAGAAGUAAUAGUAUCAGCAGGGGCUUUCAACUCACCCAAACUUUUGAUGCUUUCUGGCAUUGGGCCGGAAGCUCAUCUCAAAAGUAUGGGUAUUAAAUUAGUUGCUGACUUACCUGUUGGUGAAAAUAUGCAGGAUCACCUUGCAGUCAUAUUAGUUCACAAAAUGGAAAAAACAAGUGGAAUUCCCAAACUAGAAAAUCCGUUCAAGUUUCCAAUACCGACUUUCGUUGGAUUAGAUGCUCUGAAUACAGAUCAGGGUUAUCCGGAUUAUCUAACACUAAAUUUAAUAGUUAGGAGCAAUCCAUUAAAUUUAUUGUUACUUUGUGCAACAGUUUUUGGUUUACAUAAUGACGUGUGUGAACAACUAGCCAAAGCUGGCCAAAGAAGAGAAAUUCUGGUUACAAUUUUCAAUGUAGCUCGACCAUUGUCUCGAGGUAAAGUAAUGUUGCGUAGUAAUUACCCUCAAGACCCUCCAAUAAUUUAUACAGGCUUUUUAUCGAACAGCACUGACUUGGAGAAUAAUGCGGCGUUCAUUGAAAAGUUUAUUAAAGUGACGGAAUCCAGUUAUUUCCGGAAUGUUAGUGCUGAGACAUUGUAUUUCGAUUUGCCGAAUUGCAGAGGCUUGCAGCAGAAUACGCGGGAGUAUUGGAAAUGUUAUGUUCUUAAUAUGAUGGAUAUGACUUUUCACUAUAGUAGCACCUGUCGCAUGGGCUCAGUAUUGGAUGCAGAACUAAAGGUAUUAGGAGUGAAUAAGCUAAGAGUGGUGGAUGCUAGCGCAAUGCCGAAUAUGGUUAGUGGAAAUAUUAACGCUGCCGUCAUGGUGCUGGCGGAAAAGGCUGCUGAUUUGAUAAAGAAAGAUUCUGACCAAUAUAGCGUUGGUCCAUGGAUGACGUAG